GUGCCAACCAUGACUCCUUCAUUUGGGAAAACAGUGCAGUAAAUCCAUACAUGCAGUCGUUGCACCAAAAUGGAGAUGCGUUUUGGCUGUUAGGUGAUUCUGGUUACCCACAACGCCCAUGGCUAAUGACACCAAUAUUGGAUGCUGCUCCAGGCACAGCAGAAGCAAAUUAUAAUGAAAAACAUAUGACAGCCAGAGUAGUGAUUGAAAAUACAUUUGGCAGAUUGAAAAAUCGGUGGCGUUGUUUACAUAAGGAUAGAGUUCUGCAUUAUAGACCAGUCAAAUGUGCAAGAAUUAUACUGGCCUGUUGUGUCUUAUACAACUUAGGUCUCAAUUUUGGCACUACAAACAUGGAGGAUGGAGAUGAAAACAGAGAUCUGAUACACGACUCGCAGAGGGAUGAAAAUGUAUAUUCUCAAACUGGGGAAUCCACUGACUUAUUAAGAGGUAGAGUAUUGAGAGAACAAUUAGUAAGAAGAAUGCAAUAAAUGAAUUUGUAUU